AUGCUUAACGCUGUCGGUUUGAUCAGUAUUCUCUCCAGUGCGGCACUAGCCGCCUACGCUCCUUCCAAUGGACUUUUCUCGCGCAGUACAGAUGGCAUUACCAAGCGCGCAACAUGCACCCCAGCCUCUGCAGGAAGCUCCAGCACAGAUGACGUCCCCGCAAUCGAAGCAGCCCUCAAAUCCUGCGGCGCAGGAGGCACCAUCAUCAUCCCAGCCGGCAAGACCUACAUGAUCCGCAGCACGCUCGAUCUCACCGGCUGCUCCAACUGCGACUUCCAGAUUGAAGGCACACUGAAAGCAUCAGACGAUACGACCUUCUGGAACGGCGUGAGCUCGAUCAUCUCUGUGAGCGGAAUCAGCGGCGCGAAAAUCCGCAGCGUGACUGGUGCCGGUGUCGUUGAUGGGAAUGGGCAGGCGAGCUACGACAAGUUUGCUAGCGACUCGAGCUAUAAGCGUCCGAAGUUGCUGAAUAUUGGGGGAAAGUCGACGAAUGUUGCGGUGAGCGGCUUAAAGUUUAAGAACCCACCUUCGUUCUUCAUAACCAACAACGGCGAUAGCUCCCAUAUCUCUUACGAAUCUCUCUACCUCACCGCCGAAUCCAAAUCCAGCAACCCUGCCAAAAACACCGACGGCAUCGACAUCGGGCCAGCCACAUACACCACUCUCAAAAAUAUCACUAUCCAAAACACAGACGACUGCGUGGCGUUCAAGCCGGGCGCAGACUACGUGACUGUCGAUACGAUCCAUUGCAAAGGCUCACACGGUCUCUCCGUAGGCUCGCUCGGUGGAAGUGCUGGAAAGACUGAUACAGUUUCCAAUAUAUACGUAACUAAUGCAGUCAUGGAAGGCGCGACGAAAGCCGUAGGCAUUAAAGUCUACCCGGGUGGGUCUUCCCACGGCACCGCAGUCGUGAAGAACGUAACCUAUGACGGCGUGACGGUGUCGUCGAGCGACUACGCUGCGCAGAUCCAGUCGUGCUACAACGAGGAUGCGUCCUACUGUGCUUCGAACCCAUCGACUGCUCAGAUCACGGACGUCUACUUCAAGAACUUCAAGGGCGCGACAAGCGCGAAGUACGCUCCUACGGUGGCGAAUAUCAACUGUCCCGCGGGAGGGACCUGUAAUGUGUAUUUCUCGGGGUGGGCAGUCAAGGCGGCGAGCGGGACGGCAAAGUUUUUGUGUGCGAAUAUUGAUAAUGCUAAUCCUGGUGUUACUUGUAGUUUGGGGGCUUCUGGUUGA